AUGCUGGUGAUGGAGAUCAAAGAUCUCAGUGGGAAGGCUUUCCCACAGCUGAUGGCUCAACUCAACAGGUAGGGAUGACGUAGGCCUGAAAGACACAGUUCAAAUAGCAAUGGCUGGUGUGAUGGCCAAGGCCUGAAAGACAAUACCACUGGUGUGUGUUAGUCUGGGUGUCAAAAUAAAGUGUUGGGGGAAGCUCCUCUGAAAAUAUAGUUUACCAAACUACCAAUUACUUUACACUGGAAGAAUUUAAGCUACCCUUAAGAAAAAUAUAGUUUACUUAACUGAAGUUACUCUGAAGAAGUAGUUUCACUACAUCCAAACUACUUUGUGAAAAAUUAUCUUAUCUAAAUCUAAAAUGUAAUAGACUACAAAUUGCAAGAACAGAAAACUCUGGAAUCAGAUGUUAACAGAAUGUGUAAAUUAUCCUAUUAAACACAAAGUGAGAAUUAGGCACACAGAAAGUGUUUCAAGUGAGAAUAAGGCAGGUCUGAUUCUGAAAAAGAAAGGAAAUUCUUGCCUUACUUCACCCAUAUUUUAUUUUGGCAAACAAAAGUUGUGUGUAGUUAGCUACAGCACUACAUGACAGAAAGGUAAUUAACUACUGAAAACACUACCUAGAUUUACAGGUAGUUCACUACUCCUCAACACUGUCAAUAAAGUACAUGAAUCUGUUCAUUCAUUCAUGCAUUCAUUCAUUAAAAUAAUUAAAAUAAAUGGUUCAUUCAUUGGUUCAUUAAUGCAUUAAUUCACCCAUUUACCCAUCUAUUUACCCAUGCAUCCAUCCAUCCAUCCAUCCAUCCAUCCAUCCAUCCAUCCAUCCAUCCAUCCAUCCAUCCAUCCAUCCAUGCAUCCAUGCAUCCAUCCAUCCAUCCAUCCAUGCAUCCAUCCAUCCAUGCAUCCAUCCAUCCAUCCAUCCAUCCAUCCAUCCAUCCAUCCAUCCAUCCAUCCAUCCAUCCAUCCAAUCCAUCCAUCCAUCCAUCCAUCCAUCCAUCCAUCCAUCCAUCCAUCCAUCCAUCCAUCCAUCCAUCCAUCCAUCCAUCCAUCCAUCCAUCCCCCCCCCCCCCCCCCCCCCCCCCCCCCCCCCCCCCCUCUGUUCUCCACAGUGACUACAGCUCCAGGAAGAAUGAGUAUAACUAUGUGAUCAGUGACAGACUGGGACGUAAGUCUUACAAGGAGCAGUAUGCCUUUAUCUACAGGUAAGUCUUACUAGGAGUAGUACCCUUUAUCUACAGGUAAGUCUUACUAGGAGUAGUACCCUUUAUCUACAGGUAAGUCUUACUAGGAGUAGUACCCUUUAUCUACAGGUAAGUCUUACUAGGAGUAGUACCCUUUAUCUACAGGUAAGUCUUACUAGGAGUAGUACCCUUUAUCUACAGGUAAGUCUUACUAGGAGUAGUACCCUUUAUCUACAGGUAAGUCUUACUAGGAGUAGUACCCUUUAUCUACAGGUAAGUCUUACUAGGAGUAGUACCCUUUAUCUACAGGUAAGUCUUACAAGGAGCAGUAUGCCUUUAUCUACAGGUAAGUCUUACUAGGAGUAGUACCCUUUAUCUACAGGUAAGUCUUACUAGGAGUAGUACCCUUUAUCUACAGGUAAGUCUUACUAGGAGUAGUACCCUUUAUCUACAGGUAAGUCUUACUAGGAGUAGUACCCUUUAUCUACAGGUAAGUCUUACUAGGAGUAGUACCCUUUAUCUACAGGUAAGUCUUACAAGGAGUAGUACCCUUUAUCUACAGGUAAGUCUUACUAGGAGUAGUACCCUUUAUCUACAGGUAAGUCUUACUAGGAGUAGUACCCUUUAUCUACAGGUAAGUCUUACUAGGAGUAGUACCCUUUAUCUACAGGUAAGUCUUACAAGGAGCAGUAUGCCUUUAUCUACAGGUAAGUCUUACUAGGAGUAGUACCCUUUAUCUACAGGUAAGUCUUACUAGGAGUAGUACCCUUUAUCUACAGGUAAGUCUUACUAGGAGUAGUACCCUUUAUCUACAGGUAAGUCUUACUAGGAGUAGUACCCUUUAUCUACAGGUAAGUCUUACUAGGAGUAGUACCCUUUAUCUACAGGUAAGUCUUACUAGGAGUAGUACCCUUUAUCUACAGGUAAGUCUUACUAGGAGUAGUACCCUUUAUCGACAGGUAAGUCUUACAAGGAGCAGUAUGCCUUUAUCUACAGGUAAGUCUUACUAGGAGUAGUACCCUUUAUCUACAGGUAAGUCUUACUAGGAGUAGUACCCUUUAUCUACAGGUUGUUCACAUUGGAAACGACAAGCUGUGGUCUAUCUUGGUUUAGUUAUAAGAAUCUUUGCUGUAGGUCUAGAAUUAUUUUAUUUUAUUACCAUUCAAGUCUAUGCACCUUUUUUUGUCAUUGAAAUGCAUGGGGAGCUCAUUUAAAUAUUGUUGUAGUUCCAAAAUGCUAACCAGCAUGAUCAAAUGUUGCUAUGGUAACCAGGGAAUAAUCACCAACAAAGUCACAUGACUGUUUGUGAAUUGUGUAAGGGGAAAUGAUUACAUUUCAAUAUUUGUUAAAUGGUCAAUCUAAUUUAAAACUUUAGUUACAAAAAAUGUGCUGUACUUGCUCCUCUUUAAGUGUUUUUCAUGGUAAUUAAAGAAGUUGAAGUGGUAGUAGUAGUGGUAGUAGUAGCAGUAGCAGUAUUAGUAGUAGGCAAGUGAGUAGUAGGAGGAGUGUGGGGUAGCGGAUAGUGGGGUAGUAGUAGGGAGUAGAGUAGUAGAAGGGUGGUAGUAGUGGGGAGUAGUAUUAGUAGUAGUAGUAGUAGGGGGUGUUAGUAGAGUAGGGAGAGUAAUAGUUUGUAGUGGGGAGGAUAGUGGUGUGUAGUAGUAGAGUAGUAGUAGGGUUGUAGUAGUAGUAGUAGUAGUAGAGUAGUAGUAGUGGUAGCGAUAGUGGUAGUAGUCAGUAGUAGUAGUGGUACGUAGUAGUGGUGUGUGUAGUAGUGUAGUGGGUAAGUAGUAGUAGUAUAGUAGUAGUGGUCGUAGUAGUAGUAUAUGUGGUAGUAGUAGUAGUAGUAGUGGUAGUAAGUAGUGGUAGUGGGGGUAGUAGUAGUGGUAGUAGUACUAGUAGUAGUGGUAGUGAGUAGUAGUAGUAGUAGUCGUGUAGUGGUAGUAGUAGUAGUAUUGGUAGUAGUAGUAGUAGUAGUGUGGUAGUAGUGUAGUGGUCGUAGUAGUAGUAGUAGUAGUGGUAGUAGUAGUGGUAGUGUAGUGUAGUAGUAGAGUGGUAGUUGUAGUUGUAGUAUGGUAGUAGUAGUAGUAGUAGUAGUAGUGGCAGUAGUAUAGUAGUAGUGGUCCGUCAUGGUAGUAGUAGUCUUAUUGGUAGUUGUGUGUAGUAGUAGUAGUCGUAGUAGUGUAGUUGGUAGUGUAGUUAGUGUAGUUAGUCGUAGUAGUAGUGUGGGUAGUGUGUUGUAGUAGUAGUAUUAGUGGUAGUAGUAGUAGUGGUAGUGUGUAGUAGUAGUGGUCGUCGUAGUCUGUGUUGUACGUAGGGGUGGUAGACUAGUAGUAGGGAGUGUGCGUAGUGAGUGGUAGUAUGUAGGGUCGUAGGAGUAGUAGUACGGUAGUAGGUGUAGUAUGUAGUGGUAGGUAGUAGUAGUGGUAGUAAGUCGUAGUUAGUAGUGGUAGAGUAGUAGUGUGGUGUAGUAGUAGUGUAGUGUAAUAGUAGUAGUGUAGUAGUUAGUGUAGUAGUAGUCGUAGUAGUCGUAUUAGUGUUAUAGUAGUGUAGUGUAGUAGUAGUAGUGUUAGUGUAGUUAGUAGUUAGUAGUAGUAGUUAGUGUUUAGUAUGUUAGUAGUGGUAGUAGUUAUGUAGUGGUAGUAUUGUUGUAGUAUGUAUAGUUGUAGCUUUUUUUAUUUUUCGUUCAGCCUUGUAGUUGUGUAGUAGUAGUUGUAGUGUAGUAGUAGUAGUGUAGUAGUAGUAGUAGUAGUAGUAUAGUAGUAGUAGUGGUAGUUAGUAGUAGUAGUAGUAGUAGUAGUAGUAGUAGUAGUGGUAGUAAUAGUGGUAAUGUUGGUAACAUUGGCUCAAAACAUUGUCAGUGUAUCAUCAGCUAUAAGCAACUCAACACAUGUAACAUGUAUCAGUUCUUCCUCUAUGAUAUGUUUCUUUUAGACCUAUUAUAAACACACUGUAAAAAAAUAUAUUUUAGUUUUUACAGUAGCCUGUUUUUUACUGUAAAACAAACAAAAAAAUGCUUACAGUGUGUUACCGUAAAUUCCAAAUAAACUUUGGUAAACUUUACAGCAAUGUACUGUUAAACCAAAGUUUAUUUGGAAUUUACGUUAACAUACUGUACUUUAUUUUACAGUAAUUUACUGCCUGUAGGUGUGCAUGUAUGGGCCUGAAGAAUAGUCACAGACAAUAAGCAAAGCAGUGAACUAAUACUAAAGGAACUGUGAUGAUAUGUUGUCUUUCCUGCUCCUCCAUGGUCCUCUGCGGUUCUCAGACAGAGGCUGGUGUCAGUAAAGGAAGUGUACCAGUAUCCUGACAUCCAGCCUGGAGAUGAGGACGCAUUCUCCAGGGAACCCUUCAUCGUCUGGUUCUCUUCCCCCAAAACAGGUGACUGUCUGGCUAAACUAACCAAUACAGUAUUACCGUUAGACGAGAUUUUAUAGGGCAGGACACUUCACUGCAACACAAACAUAGUGGUACAAAUACUUUAAAGUACUACUUAAGUAGUUUUUUGUGGUAUCUGUACUUUACUUUACUAUUUAUAUUUGGACUACUUUUACUUCACAACAUUCCUAAAGAAAAUAAUGUACUUUUUACUCCAUACAUUUUUCCCAGACACCCAAAAGUACUCGUUACAUUUUGAAUGCUUAGCAGGACAGGAAAAUGGUCAAAAUCACGUACUUAUCGAGAGAACAUCCCUGGUCAUCCCUACUGCCUCUGAUCUGGCGGACUCACUAAACACAAAUGCUUUGUUUGUAAUUUAUGUCUGAGUGUUGCAGUGUGUCCCUGGUUAUCCGUAAGUAAAUAAAAAAAAGCAAGAAAAUGGUGCCGUCUGGUUUGCUUAAUAUAGGGAAUUUGAAAUGAUUUAUACUUUACUUUUACUUUCAAUACUUAAGUAUAUUUUAGCUAUUACAUUUACUCUUGAUACUUAAGUAUAUUUAAAACCAAAUACUUUUAGACUUUUACUCAAGUAGUAUUUUACUGGGUGACUUUCACUUUUACUUGAGUCAUUUUCUAUUGAGGUAUCUUUACUUUUACUCAAGUAUGACAAUUGGGUACUUUUUCCACCACUGGGCACAGACACAUGUAUACAAACGCACAAUAACAUACGCACACGUACACAUGGAUUAUGUGUUUUAGAUAUGUGGUAGUGGAGUAGGGGCCUGAGGGCACACACUUAGUAUGUUGUGAAAUCUGUUGUGAAUGUAUUGUAAUGUUUUAAAAAAUUUAUAACUGCCUUAAUUUUGCUGGACCCCAGGAAGAGUAGCUGCUGCCUUGGCAGGAACUAAUGGGGAUCCAUAAUAAAUACAAAUACAAAUACUACAGCACUACACUUCAAUUACAAUUCUUGCUCACAGUUUCAACACAGAAGAAAUAUCGAAUUGGCAAGUUGCAUUUCACAUUCAUACACUUUUAGAAGACAGAAGGCAGUAGGUCAAACUGGCACACUGUAUCACAGCUGUAAAAGUUGAUUGCGACAACAAGUGUCCGUCUUUCCCUGCAGCCGUCCAGGACUUUGUGAUCAUCCCGAUCCACACCACUCCAGAUACGUCCGUCAGGGAGAUCAAUGAGCUGUAUGAUGUGUUCCAAGAUGUCAAACAGCGAUGGACCUCAGAGGUAGAGUACACACACACAUACACGCACACGCACGCACACACACGCACACACACACACACACACGCACACACACACGCACGCACACGCACGCACACAUACACACACGCACACAUACACACACGGUUCGGAUUAGUUUGACCUAUUUCCUCUACAUGCCCCCAUUUCCUAGUGGUUUAUCAGUAGUUGUAUCAUUUCCUAGUGGUUUAUCAGUCGUUGUUUCAUUUCCUAGUGGUUUAUCAGUCGUUGUAUCAUUUCUGUUUUCACCCCGGUACAAAACGUGCAGAGGUAAAGUUAACAACAGCAUACAGUAUCUCCCAGCGAUAGUUACAAGCUCUAAUAACUCCACUGGUAAACCACAACAGCCCCCACCAACAGUAGGGCUCCAUUGUGUGGGAUAUUUGUAACAGUGGGAUAUUUGUAACAAUGGGAUAUUUGUAACAAUGGGAUAUUUGUAACAGUGGGAUAUUUGUCAACAGUGGGAUAUUUGUAACAAUGGGAUAUUUGUAACAGUGGGGAUAUUUGUAACAGUGGGAUAUUGUAACAAUGGGAUAUUUGGUAACAGUUGAGAUAUUGUAACAAUGGGAUAUUUGUAACAAUGGGAUAUUUUGUAACAUGGGAUAUUUGUAACAGUGGGAUAUUUGUAACAGUGGGAUAUUUGUAACAGUGGGAUAUUUGUAACAAUGGGAUAUUUGUAACAGUGGAUAUUUGUAACAAUGGGAUAUUUGUAACAAUGGGAUAUUUGUAACAGUGGGAUAUUUGUAACAGUGGGAUAUUUGUAACAAUGGGAUAUUUGUAACAGUGAGAUAUUUGUAACAAUGGGAUAUUUGUAACAAUGGGAUAUUUGUAACAGUGGGAUAUUUGUAACAGUGGGAUAUUUGUAACAAUGGGAUAUUUGUAACAGUGGGAUAUUUGUAACAGUGGGAUAUUUGUAACAAUGGGAUAUUUGUAACAAUGGGAUAUUUGUAACAGUGAGAUAUUUGUAACAAUGGGAUAUUUGUAACAAUGGGAUAUUUGUAACACUAUGGGUCUUGGCAGAUAUCAUUUCUAUAAAUGGUGAAUAAAAAAGGCCCUAAAAUGGAACCUUACAAAACCCAUUUUCUGUGUAAACUGUAAUCGGUACAAGAUUAAGACAGAUUAUUCUGGAGGAAAAAAAUCUCAGUUGAGCAUAAAAAAUUUUUGGUCCACUGUACUUUGCACACCUGUGGUAGUUUCCAUGCUCAAUCUCACAUCUCCUUUCUUUAGAAUGUGAUCAUCAUGGGGGACUUCAAUGCGGACUGCGGCUACGUACCCAAGAAGCAGUGGAGCAGCAUCCGCCUGCGGUCCGACAGCAGCUUCCUGUGGCUGACGGGCGACACCAUUGACACCACCGUGAAGGAGUCCACAGACUGUGCCUAUGACAGGUCAGGGGGUCAGAGGGCAUCGCCAUAGAAACAUGCAUCAGGGCUCGUACAAUCAUGUGCACAUCCUAUGGCUUCCCUUGAGUGUAACAAACGUGGUUAAGCUUUAGCUCAGCAGGUUAAAACAGUCUUGUGAUGUGACCUAGGAUCCAACCCGUUCAGUAAAUUGAGCAGGUGCUGAAUGUCAAAGUAACUGUUCAUCAGCCAGAAUGUCAACUUUAGGAUUUAUCUUUCUGCUGUAUGGUUCUUCUGCUUCUGUCUGACCCCUCCUUGUUCCUCUGUCUGUCAUAGGGUUGUCCUCCACGGGGACAACAUGAUUCAGGCAGUCAACCCAACCUCUCUGGAUGUGUUCAACUUCAGACUGGCCUUUGGACUCACCGAGCUACAGGUAUAG